AGCGUCGUUACGAGGGCAAUGGACAGUGACAGCCUGACUGAGCAUGCGAUUCUUUCGCACUUUCAAGUGCCGACCGCCACCCUCUGCGAGAGCAUCCAGCCGCUGCAGCAAGAGAUCACCGCCACACGCGAGAGCAUCAACCAGCUGAAGCAGAAACACGGCAUUGCUGAGGGAUCGGCGGCCUCGUCUGUCGACGUGCUGCUGCUGAAUGUGGGCGGCAGUGAGAUGAGCGUCAAACGCAAGCACAUGACGGAGGGAGAGGGCGUCGAGGGCACUCUGCUGGCCGUGCUCUUCUCUGGCAAGCUCGACAACCGAUUCAUCAAAGACGACAAGCAGCGUGUCUUCCUUGAUGUGGACGCGGAGGCCUUCAGGAUUGUCCACAAGACCAUCUUGGGGCGAGUACCAUCCAGCAGGCGACACGCGAGGGCGAGCGGGAUGGGUUCUCGAACUCUCAUCUGCUCACCGGGGCGGAGAGGCGUCAACACAAAGGCAAACAGAUGUGUUGACGCCUCUCAUACACACGUGGCUUGCGUGUACACCCCUUCCCGAUCUGUUUGUAGGUUUGAACGAUUUUUGAAUCAAGAAGUUGCUGUCGCCUGUCCAAGAAGGGCAACUUGCCAGGAAGGGCUACCGCCCGCAGCCGGCGGUCGGGCGGCCGCCAUCAGUGACGGCGGGGGGCAUCCCCACCACGGCCAGCGGACUCGUCACGGCCCUCAAUGACGUGCUCAAGGCCUACCACGACAAGAAGAGCAAGCUCGAGGGAGAGCUCCGCGCAGAGAAGAUCCGAUAUGAGCAACACGAGGCAGAAAUACAGGUGAGUGACAGGCAGCCCACGAGCUUCAUCUGGAUGUCGUCUGUUUUAGCAGGCCGCUAGCUCCUUCCUGGCACCCAUGGAUGGCAGUGACCUCAUCCGCUCUGUCGAUGUCUGCGGAGAAGUCAUCUCGACGUGUCAAUCAACUAUCGACUCCAUCCCGGAGGAGAUGGCCCUCAAAAGACGCAACACGGAAUCACUGUGAGCAAACGCAGCACAAUGGCGAUAUGCACUUAGGCGCUUCACAUGUGUGUGCCCAUUGUUCAGGUGGGGCAGCUCAGUGCACGAAGGCGUGCACGUCCCGCCCGACCACAUGAGCCGACUCAUCGACCACCACCGCCGCAAACGGCAUGGCGCGUCCGACGAUGAGGCGCGUGUGCCGCUGCAGCUGACCGACCCGCGGGCGCAGAGGGCAUUCGAUGUCAACGCGGCCAUGUACGGCAUCGUCAGGAAUGACACCCCAGCGGCACUCCAGGCACAGCAGCCCAGGUACACACAUGAGAAGCAGCACUGGAAGGCCGGCCUUGCAAUUUGUCGUCUCUGUCGCUGUAUAGUAAUGAUGGCUUCAUCCUGAUGCUGCCAACUGGUGUGCGCUACCGCACCGUCACGGCGGGCACCGGCAGAACACCGCGUGUCGACUCGACGGUGAGGUACGACUUGGCGGCCGAGACGUAUUCUACGAUUACCGUGGGGAGGUGGGGAGUAUGUGUGAGGUAUCCAGGUGGGUGCGUGGGGCGUCGCUGUCGUUGCGUGUGGGGGAAAUCAGGCACAUCAUACUCCCUCAUGCAGUCGAGGGCGCCAAGUACAUUCAAUUGCAGCUGAUCAGCAUUUUAUAGGAUAUCUGUCUGUCGAGGAGGGAAUGUGUUUUGUGUUUGUUUGGUUUUGGUUUUUGUUUUGUUUGGCACAUACAAGAUUGGUGUUGGCUCUAGCCUGUCGAUUCAUCGCAGAACGUCACUCUGUGUAUGAGAUGUGCUUGGGCUGUAUGUGGGAGGCAGCACAGAGAUGCAGCCAACGUACGACACGCCUUUUUGUACGGUGAAUAGUAUUGCACACGAUGGAUGGCUGGUGUUGGUGAAUUGAUGGAUGGAUGGAUGGUUGGGUGUGCACGCAAACAAACCC